GUGAAGUUAACGUGCCGUGCAAGAGGGGUGCCACCGCCCCGCGUGUCGUGGCGCAGAGAAGACGGCCAGCACAUUAUAAUUCGGAAGCCAUUUGCAGGAAGCGCUCUCAACCAAAAGUCUCACGUGUCUUCGCUGGCCGAGUAUCAAGGGGAGGAGCUAACGCUGACCAAGAUCUCCAGGAACGAGAUGGGAGUUUAUCUGUGCAUCGCCAGCAACGGCGUGCCACCAGCGGUCAGCAAACGUAUUUUUAUCAACGUUCAUUUCUCGCCUGUAAUUCAUGUACCUAAUCAACUGGUCGGCGCUCCUCUGGGUACAGACGUGGUCUUGGAAUGUUUUGUCGAGGCUUCGCCCAAGUCCAUUAAUUAUUGGGUCAAGGAUAGCGCGAUGAUAAUAUCCAGUCAGCAACACGACGUGCAGGUGGUGCCGAAGUCGCAGUUCGAGGUGCGGAUGGUCCUGACGAUCCGUAAUCUGCAGAAGCAGGACGUGGGAACGUACAAAUGCGUGGCGAAGAAUUCGCUGGGCGACGUGGAGAGCAGUAUUCGUUUGUACGAGAUCUCGGGACCGUCCAAGACGCAGACGGCGGCCAGGCCGUCCUUCUACGACGAGGAGGACGAGAUCGUUUACGGUUCGGCGGAGAUGGACAAGACGGAGAACAAACUCUUGUCCGUGGACAACGCCAUAAAUGGAGCCGGCUAUCCGUCGUUGGCGAGUCCUGUGCCCACGGUUAGAGUCGGCAAGAAGAGGCCGACCAUCGGCGCAAGUUCCGCGGCGAUUCGCGGUCCGGCUCCUCGUCCUUUGAUCGUGGUCGCGGUGCUGAUGGUCGUUCGUCGGAGAUGCCAGUGAACGACGCGACGAGAGAGGUUUGGAAUAUAUCUGUUAAAUUGAGAACGUAACGGCGACCGGAAACGGUGUGCGGCGCGCGCUUUCUUUCUCGACCGAGUCGAGAUCGUCUUCCCUGAGUGGCUUAUUCUUAAAUCGUAGUUUUAUUAACGGAAACGAAAAGGAGCAACGGCGAGCCAUCGGAGAGCAGCACCGGUAACUGAUUAGGGAUGGAACGAGGCCGGUUAGGGCGAAAAGAAACGCGAGAGGAAAUGAUAGAAGGGCGGGUAGUACGACGAGUCCUAGCAGUGUACAAGGUGUCCCGUGUUAAGUGCGAUACAGUAGAUUAUGCGUUAGGUUGUCCCGAAAGUUCCUUCUGUUUUAUCGACACGUUCAUUGGCACGCUGAUUCGCAUGGAAAUGCGUACGAGACUUAAAUUUUGUCUCGAUACUAUUGGGAAUUAUAGAAUCAAAUAGACCCUGAGAAAUUUACCCUGUGGAGAUUUUGGAAAUUUGGCUACGCCUUUUUUCUUUCUUUUGUUGCCGUUUCUUUCGAAACGGCUCUUUCGAAACAGCUAGCUUCGCCUAAAAUUCCAAUUCCUCCACAAGUGAUUCGUCGCUUUCGCUCUCGAGUUUCGGCGAAUUAUCCUUAACUCUAAACUGAAGAGAAUCUACUGUAUCGAUGAUAGGCGCAAGCUGCUUUUUCGGAAACUUAUGAAAAUCUCGACUCCUUUAUUUUGAAAAAAAAAGCUUGAAGUUUCGUUAUGAUAACGCCCAGAGGAAAACAGCAAGUGGAGAUGUUGUUCGGUUCGUCGAGAGGCUGUAGAAAUCUACGAGGAAUACUAGCCGUCGUUCCGAAAGCAAGAAUUUCGUUAGUCUCCGAGAAAGGAGCUGGCUUUAGGCGAGAAGGGCGUUGCGCGCGCGGCGAUCGAGCGGCCAGGGUUCUUCCAAUGUUUCAGCGGCAAUAAAUUCGCGUGAUGUACAUAACAUAUAUACGCUUGUACACGAACGUACAUAUGUAUUAUACACAUGCAAGCUUGCACGUGUACAUGUGUGUGCAUAUUGACACGUCAGGGUAAUUUAGAUAUUCGUGUAAGUAGAGCUCGUAAGCGAAGCGAUUUUUAAUGUACUGUCGGCAGCUUUUUGUGUGCGAGGCGAACGACGCUCGGCCGGGCUGAGCGUUUCGGCGAAUUCCUUCGAUCGGACCAAGCGACUCAUCCAUGAUCGGAUCGAUCCUUGAUCGGAGACGUGCGAUCCGAGCGCGAUUAUCCUGAUUUUCGUUCGAUCAAGCAUUGGGCUUGUCUGGAAAGUCCGUUUCGAAAGGCCAGGCCGAUUUUUAGUGGGCGGCGAAGGUCUGAAUAUGUCGAAAUUGG